AUGAUCGCAGGCAUACACCACGUCAACCUCGUCGUCCCGCGCGACACUCUCCCGGAGGCAGCCGCCUUCUACGGCGAGACGCUGGGCCUAACCCCGCGGCAGGUGCCCUCACUCCAAGUCGGCUCGCUGCUCUGGUUCGACAUCGGCACGUCCGGCCAACAAGUCCACAUCGCCUUCGGCAAGCCCGACGACUUCGCCUUCGACUCGUCCGCCCACCCGUGCUUCCGGGUCGGCGACGGCGAGAAGCUGCUGGAAUUGCGCCGGCGGAUCUACGCCCACUUCGAGAAAGGAGGUGCCGGGGCGCCGAAGGCGGCCGACAAGCCUGGUGGCGAGGACAGCGGUGCGAAGGGCGUCGAGUAUCCGCAGAGGUUCUUUGUGAGGGAUUAUGCGGGGAAUAGGCUGGAAUUCACCCUGUGA